UGAGAACAUAACCAUAGGAAAUUUCAACUGGUUGUGACACCUUUGCUCUUGCCAACCCCUUUGUUAGGUGAAUCAUCCCCUUCACAACUGUUUGUUAUGUAUAUUUCAUAAGCUAUGUCUAGCUUAAGCUUGUUAGCUAUUACUGCCGGCUAAAAAGCCUCCUUCAAGCGAGGAAAGGAAAGAAACUCUUACGUAACUGGUUUAGUUAAUGUGACCGUUAAUUUCGCUAGGGAAUAUCACUCUACCAUGUUGCUUUUCACAGUCUUCAGAGAGUUUACAUGACUGGGCAUGAGUUGCGUGGAAGUUUGAAAUUUAAAACACAGAGUAGGAAAGCAUGGAUCGGGAAAUGAGGAGAGGUGCUUUGGUUGACUUCUCGCUCCAUAUUAUGCAAUGCUCGCGACAUUUCUUGAUAAGAGUUGACACCGAAUCUUACACUGAAAUUAUUUUAUUGUUCUCCGAGCAUUCCUCGUUGGUUUAUCUCGUUUAAGGCCGCGGAAAAGAAUUGCCUACUGUUUUCUUUUCUCGAACGUCAAUUUAAAAAAAUCAAUUCCUUAAGAUGUGAUGACACGAUUUUGGAAGAACUCUCUCCUAAAAAGGUAGCUCUCAAAAUCCUUUUUUAUCAUGUGGAAUCGGGUUCUGAGAAGGACUUCACCAUGUUUGAGAUGAAAACAGAACGAAGAGGAAAACAUGUUGUCUUGGCUUCAAGGAGAGAGUGGGCGUAAACUCCCGUGGAAGCUGAGUCUCAAAACAGUAACAAUGUAGACCCAUAUUUCAAAACAUAGCCACAGAUGUUCCAAGUUACUAAAUCUACCUUUCCUGUUUUCCUAAAGGAAAAAGAAAAAGAAAUUAACAAGUUUUUAUUGAAAGAAAUUUUCUCCCGCUUCAUUUUGCAUUGUUCUCUCAAAAUUACAUGUUUUGACAAGUCUGUCAUUAUUUCUUUCUUAUUUUCUUUCUUGUUCUUCGUAAAAAUCGCCAGCUGUCACUGUAUCAAACUUAUCGCUUGCUUAUAUAAACAAUGGAAUACAUAUGCAUGUUGUUUUGAUUCUGUUUUUGACGUGCUGUGAUGUGCACAACACGCAAACUUUUUCGGUGGAGAUGUUUUAUAGUAGCAACCACAUGAAGUCAAUUUGAAUGUAAAGUGCAAAUAUGAUAUUUAAUUUCUAAAGUAGAUCUUGAACUUACCCCGUCUGUAACAUUGAAGGUGUUCUGCAUGCGUGUAACUUUAUGUGCAGCCUUUUCGCCUAAAGGUGUUCACGACAUUAUGAAUAAUUCAGAAGGGGUUUCGGUUUCUGGUGGAACUUUGUUUUGGUGCUUUGAGGAAUACCUGCCACUAAUAUGUCUUUAAUUGGCUUUGUUCGCAUCUAAUUGAUUGGGCUUUUCAAAUCACAGCAAGAGUUUCCGUGUUAUUUGAACGCUUUGUGAACGAAACCAUUGUAAGAUUUCGCGAAGGCACGCACCCAAAACUAAGAAUGGAGUCCUCAGCCCAUGUGAAACGACCCAUGAAUUGCUUCAUGGUGUGGAGUCGAGAGAAGCGCUACCACAUCCUAAAGGAACACCCUGGAAUUAACAACGCUGAAGUGAGCAAAGCGCUUGGUGCAGCAUGGCGUAAACUGUCUGAAGAAGAUAAAGAACCGUACGUGGAAGAAGCGCGGAGACUGACAGAGCAGCAUAAGAUGGACAACCCUGGAUACAAAUACCAACCAAAGAGACGCAAGCCUAAAAGAAAGCGAAAAACAGAUAAGAAAAUUGUGCCAUCUACGACAUCCUUAAAACAAAUUGACACUCGCAAAUCGUCUAGCGAAAAGAUUCACUUCCCCUUUAAAAUGUGGUCUGAAUCCCACACAUCACUUCUUGAUGAUGUAGGUGGAAGGCCUUCUGUGCUCCUUCCUCCACACCUCAGUGUGUCCUGCUUGCCUCCAACGUUUCAAAAAGGAACCACUCAUGAAUGGUGCUCAUGUCAUAAUCUCUUUCCUGCACCUCACUGCUACCUACCUUGGGCUGGAGGCAUGAGUGAGCAUUUCUAUAAUGUCGAGAGCACUUCCUGCUUUAGAAUAUUUAACUUGCAGGGAAAGCCUCUGAUACGCCACAGAGCGGAUUCUAUUUUCAAUCCAUACAAGAUGUGAUUUUACAGACUGAAAUGAAUUAUUUGUGUGCUUUUGUUUGCACGAUGGAGUUACGAUUAUCUUCAUGACGUUCAACUUUGCGUGGAAAAGGACUUUGUUUCGAAAAUUUGUUUUCUAACUUCAUCUCAGCACGUAAAUCAAGCACCACGUUUUGUAAUUUAAGAUUACGAGGCUAUUCGUAAAGUAUAAAGUUAAUUUGUCACUUAAUUUAUCUUUCGAGCAUUCUAGAUAGGGGUUGAUUUGAUUGUUCAUCGCUCAAGUAAACGCAACCAAUGACACUGAAGACGUUUUCAUACAAAUACGCUAAUAGUUGAAUGUACCCACGCCGUAAACAGGAACAUUUUGCAUGA